GAAAAUGAGGAAAUCAUAGAAGAAACGCCGAAAUUCACACCUAAAGAGAUUGCAGAACUACUAGAAACAGCUGAGCAACAUAAAUCAACUGGAAAUAAAUUUUUUAGUUUAAAAAAAUUUGAUGAAGCAAUUGAACAAUAUAAAAAAGCUUUAGAUACUUGUCCUAUUGAGAAAAAGAAAGAAAGAGCUAAUAGGCAUAAAGAGGCAGUCGAUGCAUGCACAAAAGCACUUGAAGAUGAUCCAGCAUAUACAAAGGUAUUAUUCCGUCGAGCACAAGCUAAUGAAAAAGUAAACACAUUGUUUUCAACAAAUUCUGCACUUGAAGAUUACAAGAAACUUUCAUCAGAUCCAAUCCAUAAAUCUGAUCGAGUAGUUUUAGAUAAUCAUAGUUUGAUAUCUAAUGCGAUUAAAAGAUUACCUCCAAAAAUAAAAGAAUUAGAAGAAAAGGAAAAAGCUGAAAUGAUAGAUAAACUCAAAGGCUUUGGUAACACUAUUUUAGGAAAAUUUGGUUUAUCAACAGAUAAUUUUAAAAUAGUACAAGAUGAAAAAGGUUCUUGCAAUAUACAAUUUGUUAAUACUCCUGAUAAAAAUGGUGAAGGUGGAAGUUAA